CAAAGAGACACUGAGGAUCGGAUCAUAUCAUCAUGGGGGCUGUUUGUUUGGUGUGGCACUUUUGUUUGUUUUUGCUCUUGUUAAGCAGUUGUGAAAGCUCUGCAAGUGCUGGAAUUCGAGACAUUGAUGAGUGCACAGAAGGAACUGAUGUCUGCCAUGUCAAUGCAGUCUGUCAGAAUACACAGAUGUCGUAUAAGUGCUCAUGCAAGGCAGGCUAUAAGGGAAAUGGAAAGCAGUGCGAAGACAUUGAUGAAUGCCACAGAGAAUACAACGGAGGCUGCGUUCAUGAAUGCAUCAACAUUCCAGGAAACUAUCGUUGCACUUGCUAUGAUGGUUUCAUGUUGGCACAUGAUGGACAUAAUUGUUUAGAUGUUGAUGAGUGCAGUUUUAACAAUAGUGGCUGCCAACACACUUGUCUAAAUACAGUGGGUAGUUACGAAUGUCAGUGUAAAGAAGGAUUCUUUCUGAGUGACAACCAGCAUACUUGUAUUCACCGUUCGGAAGGGGGAAUGAGCUGCAUGAACAAAGACCAUGGAUGUGCCCAUAUCUGUAGAGAGACACCAAAAGGAGGAGUAGCAUGUAAAUGUAGGCCUGGUUUUGAACUAGCCAGGAAUCAGAGAGGAUGCAUAUUAACAUGCAAUCAUGGAAAUGGUGGGUGUCAUCAUACCUGUGAUGAUACAGAUGAUGGACCUGUUUGUGGCUGCCAUCAAAAGUAUGCCUUACUGUCUAAUGGGAAAACCUGUAUUGAAAAGGCUGAGGCUGCAAUUGAGAACUCUGAAUACAAUGCCACGUCAGUAACUGAUGUGGACAAGCUGGUGAAACGCCGACUGCUAAUGGAGACAUGUGCUAUUAAUAAUGGAGGAUGUGAUCGUACCUGUAAAGACACGUCUACUGGUGUUAGGUGCAGCUGUCCUGUUGGAUUCACACUGCAACCAGAUGGGAAAACUUGUAAAGAUAUUGAUGAAUGCCUGAUCAAUAAUGGUGAUUGUGAUCACUUCUGUAAGAAUACUAUUGGCAGUUUUGACUGCAAUUGCAAGAAAGGCUACAAGCUUUUAACAGAUGAAAGAACCUGCCAAGAUAUUGACGAAUGCUUCUUUGACAGAGCAUGUGAUCACAUUUGUGUUAACUACCCAGGAUAUUUUGAGUGCAUUUGUAAGAAAGGAUAUACCUUGUAUGGGCUAACGCAUUGUGGAGAUGUUGAUGAGUGCAGCAUCAACAAUGGGGGCUGUGAACACAGAUGUGUAAACACAGUGGGAAGUUACGAGUGCCAUUGUCAACCAGGUUAUAAAUUACAUUGGAAUAAGAAAGACUGUGUUGAAGCAGAGAAGCUCCUACCAUCGAAAGUGUCAGCCAAAGCCCUGCUUAACUGCAGUAAAAGAGGCGGAGCUGAUAUGUGCUCUUUGAGCUGCCUGUCAAAUGUGCAUUUUGCUGCUGAGUCCGAGGAUUCUUACACAUUUAGAUGUGGCAUGUCUUCUCAAUGUCAGCACCUUGGGCAGAAUAUCAAAAAUGUUACGCACUGUGCAGGACUGAACAUCACAAAGCUGCCAACAAUAAAGACAACAGCAACUUUUAAACUUAACACGGGAAGAUGUGAAUUGAGAGGAAUCAAAGAGAAGCUUAAGGAUAGUCUGCAGCAGGUCUCUACAGAGAAGUCUAACAUUCCUAGUACAAAGAACUGUCAGCUGAAUUUUGUAAAUGUGAAGUGCAGUUCCUCCAAGAAAAGUCAUGACCAGUGGAAUCACAAGGAAAUGAGAAAUGAGGGCUCAGUCAUUUCUGCUGUUUUUGAAGUUGAAAUGAAACCAGAGGAGGUGACAGAAACCUGUGAUUUUGGGUGCAUACGACGAAAAACUGAGAAAAGGCUUCGAAAAACGACAAGAACACUGAGGAAAUCAAUCAACAGGGAGCAGUUCUACCUCCGCGUAGCUGGAACAGAGUAUGAGGUGGCUAAGAAAACAGCAAAAGCAACGGAUUUGCAGGAGUCAUGUGCGCCAGGCCAGGUUUCUCAGAAUAACAGAUGUGUUAGUUGUAGCGCCGGCACGUACUACGAUGGUGAACAGGAGAGGUGUAUAUUAUGUCCUGCUGGUACCUAUCAAGACGAAGAAGGACAGCUUUCAUGUGAGCCCUGCCCAAACCCUGAAAGUCAAGGAAGCCAAAGGUCAACUGGUGCUCGUAAUGUUUCAGAAUGUGGAGGACAGUGUCAGGAAGGAGAAUUUUCAUUGGAUGGGUUCAGGCCAUGCCAACCAUGUCCUUUAGGAACAUAUCAGCCAGAAAUUGGACGAACUUCUUGCUUUUCCUGUGGAGGAGGUCUAACUACUAAACAUGAAGGAUCAGCAACAUUUCAGGAUUGUGAAACUAAAGUUCAGUGUUCGGCUGGCCAUUUUUAUGAUACAAAUGCACACAAAUGCAUUCGAUGUCCAUUGGGGUUGUACCAGCCAGAGUUUGGGCAAAAUCACUGCAUUGCUUGUCCUGGAAAUACCACCACAGAUUUUGAUGGAUCAACUAAUAUUACUCAGUGUAAAAACAGACAAUGCGGCGGAGAACUUGGAGAUUAUACUGGAUAUAUUGAGUCUCCAAAUUACCCUGGUGACUACCCUGCUAACGUUGAGUGCACCUGGAAUUUAAGUCCACCUCCAAAGCGGCGUAUUCUCAUUGUCGUACCAGAAAUAUUCCUGCCAAUUGAUGAUGAGUGUGGAGACUACUUAGUCAUGAGAAAGAGCUCUUUGUCUAAUUCAGUGACAACCUAUGAAACAUGUCAGACAUAUGAGCGGCCCAUUGCAUUUACCUCAAGAUCAAGGAAAUUAUGGAUUCAGUUCAAGUCCAAUGAAGGGAAUAGUGGCAAAGGAUUUCAGGUUCCAUACGUUACAUAUGAUGAGGAUUACCAAGAACUGAUUGAAGAUAUAGUUCGAGAUGGUCGCUUGUACGCAUCUGAGAAUCAUCAAGAAAUACUAAAGGACAAGAAACUCAUCAAGGCCCUAUUUGACGUUUUAGCUCAUCCACAGAAUUACUUUAAAUACACAGCACAAGAAUCCAGGGAAAUGUUCCCCAGGUCAUUUAUUCGACUGUUGCGCUCAAAGGUUUCCAGAUUUCUGCGGCCAUACAAAUAGCUGGGGAUUUUUUUUAUAUCCCUUGAACUCUGGUAUUUUAUAAGCAGACUAUAAAAUGUUUUGUUUAAUUUGUUUGACUUCAGUUUGCAUGUACUCAUUUACAUAGGGAACAUAAUGUUCUGAUGUCCCAUCUCAUUGCACUCUGUUAAGUACUCAAAAUAUUGGACCCUGAAAGGUGAGUUGGGAAUAGUAUGGUUAUUAAGGAACAAAGUCAAUAUUAAUUUCUUUUCCUUAAUUUAUAUUAAACCAAAUUAUCAUGCUUAUACACAGAACCUAGCCUCUUUUAAAUGAAAUAGUAUUGUUGCAGAUUAAUGCUACAGAAACAUCCAACCUGCGACUAGUAGCUGGCAAAGCUCAUGGAAGGCAAUACAAGAAUAUACUAUUGUUGCUCGUUAGAACUAUAAAUCCCUUAACCAUUUGGGUUCUUUUCCUAACAUAAAAUCAAAAACCAUAUGGAAGCAAUGAAAAACAUACAUAGAAAGCUUAUGUAUGUGCUAGAUACUGUGUGAAAUUAGCCAACCAUCAAAAUGCCUUGGCUGAUCCAUACUGUCGCACUGACUAAUUUGCUUGUCCUUUUGAAAUUUGCUGGUUUUAUCCUAUGAACUAUGAGCAUUUUUAAUCUCUGCUGUUAUAAUGGUAAAAUAAGAUAUAAUAGCCCUUAAUCCACCUUGUUCAGCAUUUUGUAAUUUAUCAGCUCCUUAUCUCUGCUUUUCAAUGCUCAUCAUUCAUUGGACAUGUCAUACCAAUUGGGUGAUUGGGCUUCACAAUGGCUCUCUGUAUCUUAAUUCCUACAUGUGGCAAUGAAAACACUUGCACUUGGAUUUCAAGUGUUUAUAUUCCAUAAUGUUUUUAAUGUAAGUUCCUUUUAAAUAGCAGCAUUCUAGUGUAAUGUUGUAUUCAUAUCCUGUUAUUUUCUUAGUUGGAUAUUAAUUGUCUUGAACAUGUUUGUUAAAGCAAAGCAUUAAAGGUGGAUCAGUUCUACCAUCCUUCCAAAGCACAUGUAGGAAAAUGAUCUAGUCAAUGGAGAGUGUCAUUAAUAUACUGAUUGGAAGUCAUAUCUCAGUGAGAGAACAUUGACACUAAGUUAUAAUUAUUCAGUCCAAAGGUAGAUGGUUUUCUGUUCACCAUAAAUAGGUUACCCUCAACCCACCAAACAACAUGAUAAAAAUGUCUGUGCCAUAUGUUUUUAGGCACCUGAAGCAUAUUAUGGAAAGUAUUAUACACCACAUGUUGCUCUAGUUUAGCAGUUCCCGUCCUGAAACUGUAAUGUAGCAAAUGCAAAAUUCAAAGUUUAUUGGGUAAAAUACUCAAAAGGCUUCAUCAAAUAGUAUUAUCAAUCUGACUAUAGCACUGAGCCACAUCAGGAAAAGCCAGGACAGGUGGUUAAAGAAAUGGAUUUUAAGCCAAGUUUUAAAGAAAUUCAGUUGAAUUUUGAGAAGAAGUUGGACAGACAACCUGUAAGUUCUAGACAUACUAUUCACUGUGUAGAAGGGAGUCAUUGCGUGAGGACUUGUGGUAAAUCAAGGAGAACUUCAAAACCUUUUAAUUUCCAACCCCACCUCUAGAUAAUAAUUUUCAUUGCCUCCUUGCUUUAAACAUCCAAAAGCAAUUUUCAAGUAUGUUAUUAGACAAAAAGACACCAUUUCAAGAAGCAUACAUUAGACCAAAUGUUCAGUAAAUGGAAAAUUUUGAGUAGCUUCUUAAAGAGAAAAUGAUAUGGAGAAGAAUGGUAAGGAAAAUCAAAACUUGGGUUCCUUGACAGUUCAACACCUGGCUGUCAGCAAUGGAAUGACUUAAGUCCAAAUGCAACAGCAAUUCAGCCAUUACUUUGCUAAUGAAGGAAAUUAUAUCAGUGGAUGGAAAACUGCAGCAAUAUUUAUUGAGUCAGAGUGAUCCCAGCUGAUCAAAAUAGCUCUGUUUAAACUAUUUUCCACAGGUCAUACCUUUCAAUUAAUGACUAAAUAGUAUAGGUUAAAAAUACUGAUUUAAGAAAAUGCAUUGUGCUACAAAAUUCAAGAUUUCUUCUUCUUUUCGAUGACUUAAUUUGAAGUUUAUGCUCAAUGUAGAUUUAUCUCAUCUGCCCUAGAUUGGAAUAGGCAUUGAUGCCUACUUGUGCUUUUAAACAGUUAUUGUAAAUUAUGUAUAAAGUUGCCAAAUGUUUGUCCUACAAAUUUUAAUAUUAACUUUAAUAGGAAAUACAAAUGUUUACCCUUAAGUGGUUGAAUUGGUGUUUAUUAUGUAGUGUGCUUCGAUAAGUUUGAAAAUGCCAGGUCUCUUUAUUGUAUCUGUUUCAGUGUAUAGAGGGCACCACCAUACACGGCACAUGAUAGCACAGAUACCAUCUUAAUUUUAUCUCACAUAUCACUGUCUUUCAGCUCAUUUUCACAUGUUUUCUUAUAUGUGACCCUCUCACUGAGUUGAAAUUUAAGAGCAACAUUAUCAGUUUACAGUGUCUGUUUCAAACGUACUAGAGGAUAGCUAGCAAGUUAAACUCACAAACAAACUUAUAUUGAGACAUGUAUGCUGACUACAGUAUGCUGACUACAAUCAGAAAACUGGACAGCCACUCUGCAGACUGACCGACUUACUGAAAUCUUCUCUCUAAACAUUAUCGGCAAAUAGACAGAAGGAGCAGUUGCUCAUACGAUGCAACUCUUAAGCUAGGCUUGAACUAGCAUUAAAUUAGUUAUAUUUAUUGCCGUGUUUUGUUAUAGUCAAUUCAUCAACGUUGUCUCGAGGAUUUCAGCAAAUCUAAACACUGGAUAAAUCACAUUUUUGAAAUGAUUCACUGGACUGUGGAAAUAUUGAUUUCAUAUUUGAUUUUUAUUGUUCCAAAUGUGAGAUGACAAUGCCAAUAGGGUGAUCAUAGUAAUGUUAUUUGAAAGCAUAAAGUACAAGAAAUAUAAAGCUUGGCAUUUUAUGUUACAUCAUUGGCAUUUUCGCAGUCUAACUUACCUUGCAAUUAAUUCAGUUUCGAUGUCAUUUUCACUUUUGAUGUGAAUUUCCUGAAAAUUUCAUGUGUAAAUGCUUUAGAAUUAAACUAUCAUAAGCGAGCUAAAAUCAGCCUAAACAACCACUACAUGGAAAAGUUUGAACUGUACAACAUAUUUUCCCAUGUUAACUGCUGUAUGCUAUGAAAAGUAAAGUUUGAAGUAAUCAAAUCAUUAUUUAUGCACAUUAAACAUAUAUUUGAAAAUGUAACCGCAGAAAACCUUUCUCUUCUUAAUGCAUCAGCCUAUUGAGGUUGAUAUCCUUGGAAAAAUACAAUUCUGCUUUUGAGUUGUAAUUAUAUUAA